AUGUCUCUCCCCAAAGAACCCCGCUCCUGGCAAAAACCAGGCUUCUUCAUAUCAACCGAUAAAUCACUCCUUUCAAUCCCAGCCAUCAACCACGCAUUCGGCCUAGACAUUAUAUACUGGGCUCAGCCCGUUCCCGACGACGUCAUGCAAAGCAUAGUCGACAAUUCAUUCUGUUUCGGUCUCUACGAGAUCGUCACCAGCCACAAAGACACCACGGAUGCCUCUCAACAACAACAACAAGAACCAACCUUCCAAGCAGAAGAUCUGAAGCAAAUCGGGUUCGCGCGCAUUGUCGGCGAUAUGGUUACCUUUGCAUAUCUCACGGAUCUUUAUGUUUUACCGGAGUAUCAGGGUCAGGGUGUUGGAGGGUGGAUUAUUGAUUGUAUUGGCGAGAUGUUAGAGGAGAUGCCAUAUUUGCGGUGGGCGAUGUUGAGGACUUCGAUGGAGAAGAGUCGGGAUGCGUAUGUGAAGAGGCUUGGGAUGGCGGUUCUGCAGUCUGGAGAGAUUGAAAAUGGGCCUGUUAUGAUGGGGAGGAAGGGGAGGAAAGGGGGUCCUUGA